UACUCAAUUGCUUCGCCUUCUCCGAGAAGAAAUGCCACGACUUGAUAUCACCAGGCGUUGCUUCCUCUCAUCGGAGAAGACCAGAGAUCAAUGGCGGCCGCAGAGGGAGGCGAAGUGAAGCUCAUCGGGUCGUGCCCGAGCCCGUUCGUGCUGCGCGCACGGGUAGCCCUCAAUCUCAAGGGGGUGGAGUACGAGUACCUGCAAGAGAAGCCCGGGCCGAAGAGCGAGCUGCUCCUGAGAUCCAACCCUGUGUACAAGAAGAUCCCGGUCCUCCACCACGGCAAGCCGGUCUGCGAGUCGAUGAUCAUCGUCGAGUACAUCGACGAGGUCUGGGCCGCGGCCGGCCUCGCCGUCUUGCCGGCCGAUCCCUACGAGCGCGCUCUCCACCGGUUCUGGGCUGCGUACAUCGAUGGCAAGUUAUUCCCAUCAGUACUUGCAAUUGCAAAGGAUGAGCCCAAGAUGAUCAAGGUGGAAGCAGUGGAGCAGCUACACACAGGGAUAAAGCUAAUGGAGGAGGCCUUUGAGAGGCUGAGCAAAGGGAAGGGCUUCUUCGGAGGCGACGCCAUUGGAUACCUUGACAUUGCUCUUGGCUGCUUCUUGGGGUGGUUCAGGGUAUGUGAAGAGGUGCCUGGGUUCAAGUUCUUGGACGAUGAGAAGUCACCUCUCCUUGUGGGCUGGGCGGACAGGUGCUGCUCUGAUGAGGCUGUGAAGGAUGUGAUGCCGGAGAAUGAGAGGUUGGAGGAAUACGCUAAAUUGUGCCGGGCCAGGCUGAGGGCCACUGCAGCAGAUUGAAACCAUCAUGGAGGUCAGUAUAUUUAAUAGCAAAGCAAGUGGAUUCUGGUCUUUUACUAUGGAGCGGGGAGCAGUUGAAUAGUGCUUGCUCAGGGAUAAUAACCAGUACAACAUACUACAUGUGUACUACAUGUAUACGCUAAAUUGUGCCGGGCCAGGCUGAAGGCCUCUGCAGCAUAUUGAAACCAUCAUGGAGAUUAGCAUAGUUCAUAGCAAAACAAAUGGAUUCUGGUCUUUUACUAUGGAGUAGGGAGCAGUUGAAUGAUGCUUGCUCAGGGAUAAUAACCAGUACAGUAUACUAGGAGUAAUAUUCAAGUGAAUUAUGGUUGUAAUGGAAUUCAUAUGUAUAAAUUCAUGGACAAUAGUUCUAAGAUAUGAGGUUUCUGGGUUA